AUGUUCGCUCUCUAUCUCACCGCCGAGUUGCAAGGGGUUACCAACUUGCGCCCUGACGACACUCAAGACAACCCUUUCUGGUAUAUGUUCAAGGUCCAGUGUACUUCUUGUCGUGAGGUCCACGCAAACCAUGUUGGCGUGAACCGAUUUGAAACCAAUGAGAUGAGUGGAAGUAGAGGAGAGGCCAACUUCGUCUGGAAGUGCAAAAACUGCAAGCGAGAGUCGUCGGCAUCCAUCAAGGCUGCACCAGCCCCCUACGAACAGGGUGAGCCGGCAAAGGCUCAGAAGAUCAUCGAGCUUGACUGCCGAGGACUCGAAUUCACCGAAUUCAAGGCCGAGGGCGAGUGGCUGGCAGAUGGUGCCGAAACCAACACCAAGUUCAACGACAUUGACUUGGUGGACGGUGAGUGGUUCGACUACGACGAAAAGGCGAAUGAAGAGGUCAGCAUCAACGAGAUCAAGUGGGAAAUUCGUCGUGCCUAA